AUGCGACAAUGUGUAGUGCGGCGGUACAAGAUGCCAAAAAACAUGGGUGUUGCCCCCCGUUUCGACACAUGGAAUGAAAAGUACGAGCCAUGGGAACAUAUGAAGCGCAUGGGGCGCCUCGUUGGCACUGGUUUUUACAUUCCACCCGAAUGGUACAACCAUUUCCGCAUGUUCCCACCCAUUAACCACAACUUUCAGCAGGAAAAAACCCUUAACCCCCACAAUGCAAGUGAACCGACACAAGACGACACAAGCACACUUAGCCCAGAGCGUGUGGCCCUUCGAGACGAAUUGGCUCGGAAGAGCCGCCUUGUCGCGUCGGAGGGCAUGCGGUAUUACAACAUAUUCUGGGUGCGAAAACCUUUGGACACAAUGGAGAAGGAAUACUAUGAACUUAAACGUAGGGGUGUUGACCACGGCGAAGCUAUAAGAAAGGUAUUACAGGGGUUUUACAGUGGGUUGGCGGUGAAGAAACGUGUGGCAGCUAUACAAGCAGAGGAAGCAAAGCUAACGGGCCGUUUUAUUACAAUGCGCGAGGCCACAGUUGUUCUGGGCGUGUUGGCUAAGUUGCACAAGGAGCAGCUCACACCGCAUCAGGUCUCGCUCCUUGCAAAGGAACAGGGAGAAACCACGCAGUCUGGUGCUAAGCUCACAGCAAUUGUGUCUCGUACACAACCACACGUCAAUAAGGAGGCGUCCAGCCCUGCGACUUCGGAAGCUGUGGGCUCAAACACAGAAGAAGAGUCGCUGUCAGCGGAUGCAUUAGCGAGUAUGCUCUCGGAGGAUGGAGAGCAAAGUGCUGUAGGGACGAGGUAUCAAGUGGAGGUGAAGGAAACCGCUAACGACAGUGUACGGCAGCUGCGGGAGAAGGCAGAAGAUCAGACAGGCUUCCCUGAUUGGUAUACGGGGGAAUCACCGACAUACAGUGGAACGAGCUGA